GAGAGAGAGAGUCAGAGAGAGAGAGAGAAGUGUAGAAGUUUCAGAGAGAGAGAGAGAGAGGGGUACUGAAAAGAGCUUCCAAUGGCGGCGAGGGGCUUAUUGCUGAAGCAUCUGAGAGUGCAAGUCCAGGCCGUGCCUCAAAACCCUAGCUCCACUGGCUCUCUGUUACUGUCAUCUUUCCACGCGUUACGCCGCCGUUUCUUCUCGGAGGAGGUCAGGGGCUCCUUCCUCGACAAGUCCGAGGUCACCGAUCGUGUUAUCUCCGUUGUCAAGAACUUCCAGAAAGUUGAUCCCGCCAAGGUUACUCCAAUUGCUCAUUUCCAGAAUGAUCUUGGGCUAGACAGUUUAGACGCCGUUGAACUUGUGAUGGCUCUUGAAGAAGAAUUUAGAUUUGAGAUACCUGACAACGAAGCAGACAAGAUUAGCUCCAUUAGUCUUGCUGUUGAUUUUAUUGCUUCUCAUCCUCAGGCAAAGUGAGGGAGAAUCUUGAAGCCUCGUUUUUAAAUUUCUCUCGUUUCUUUUUAAGGUCUAGCCGCAGUUAAACCAUUGGUUCUUUUUCACUUUACCGGUUUUGUCCCCUUUCCAUAAAUGCCGGUUGGAUUUUGGAUUCCUUUGUUUAAAGAACUUCAAUGUUGCUUGUUUCUUUUAUGAAAACAAACCGUGAUGGUUUGAUGAGUAAACUGCGGUAAUACAAAAUACAAAUAUUUUUAGUCCA